AUGACUCGCAUCGCUACUGCUCUCGGUCUGUUUGUUGCCUCUUGCAAGGCUGGGACGACUCUCUGGUCAGGCAGUUUCAACGCCUACCCAACAGCCAGCAGCUUCGACAACUGGUCAUGGGCAAAUCAAGUCGGCGCAUAUCAGUGGUAUAUCCACGGCUCACAGAACACGAGCCACUAUCUUGCGGUGGACCCUUCCUUCAAGAAUCCCGCCACUACCAACGAAACCCGGGGCCUUCGCGUCACAAUUGACACCACCUCUACUUGGAACUCGCAAUUCGAGAGGACAGAAUUGAUUCCUCAGACAACGGCAAACCUAGGAGCGGGAAACCUAUUGUAUCAUUUCAGUAUAUCCCAUCCAAGCACAAACCUUCCAGAUUCAACCCUUGAGCACCAGGUCUGCUUCUUCGAGAGUCAUUUUACAGAGUUGAAAUAUGGCGUGAACAACGGGACACACCUCACGUGGAUGGUUGGAGGUGUCGGCCACUGGGACACGCUAUUCACGCCUGGAGUCUGGUUUAACUUUGCCUAUGACAUCGAUUUUACUGCCUCCACGGUCGGAUUGUGGGCAUCCACUGGUUCGAAUCCUUUGGUCAAAGUAGUUCAGAACAUCGCUGCGUCUACGUCCACCAAUUCUGCGGACUGGCAUCUUGGCGUUCUUCGGCUCGUCAACGGUGGCACUCCAGAGGACUGGUACUUCAGCGGAGUUUAUAUCGAGCAGGCUCCGAUCACCACAUCUGUUGGCACUGGCGGCGGCGGGGCAAGUUCAUCUUCAAGCGCAAGCGCUAGUUCUAGUCGAUCGUCGUCAGCAAGCAGCACCGUCAAGUCAUCUAGUUCGUCCAUCGCUUCAAGUUCUAGCACAAGCAGCGCUCCACAAGCGACACAAACGAAGUACGGACAGUGUGGAGUACGCAUGUUUCCUUUCGAGUAUGAAAAAAGGUUAAUGCGACGGUAG